ACAUCAUACACAGUGGCGCGAAAAAGCUUGUGGCCGCGACACGACGUAGUUUCGAGACAACUGUCCAGGUUAAUAAGUAUAGCACACAUCUUAUACGAUGGCUACGGACGUCGUUGAUGACCAGGCGAUGAGAGAGGCGCGGAGAGAUUAUUUGGAUUUCUUGGAUGACGAUCAAGACCAGGGUCUGUACCAGAGCAGGGUCCGGGACAUGAUCAGCGAGAACAAAGCGCGUCUCAUCGUCAACAUCAACGACCUGCGGCGGCGCAACGAGGCCCGCGCUGCCAAGCUUAUGAACAAUGCCUUUGAGGAGCUGUUGGCAUUCCAGCUGGCACUCAAGGACUUGGUAGCCUCAGUGGAUGCCACCUAUGCCAAGCAGUAUGAAGAAUUCUUCAUUGGUCUGGAGGGAAGCUUUGGCUCUAAACACGUCACCCCACGCACGCUCACCUCGCGUCUGCUGGGCAGUGUGGUCUGUGUGGAGGGCAUCGUCACAAAGUGCUCUCUGGUGCGUCCCAAGGUGGUUCGUAGUGUCCACUACUGUCCAGUUACCAAGAAGACCACUGAGAGGAAGUACACUGACAUGACUUCUUUGGAUGCCUUCCCUUCCUCUGCUAUCUACCCCACCAAGGAUGAGGAAAACAACCCCCUGGAAACUGAGUUCGGGCUGUCCAUUUACAAGGACCACCAGACCAUCACAGUGCAGGAGAUGCCUGAGAAGGCCCCUGCUGGUCAGCUACCCCGUUCUGUGGAUAUCAUCCUAGACAAUGACCUUGUUGAUGUUGUCAAACCAGGGGAUAGGAUCCAGGUCAUUGGGACAUACCGUUGCCUGCCUGGCAAGAAGGGGGGCUUCACAUCUGGCACUUUUCGGACCAUCAUGAUAGCCUGCCAGGUCAAACAGAUGAGCAAGGAGGUGUCUCCAUACUUCUCAGCUGGUGAUGUGGCCAAGAUCAGGAAGUUCAGUGAGUCUCAGUCCAAGGAUGUGUUUAACCAGCUGGCUCGCUCCCUGGCCCCCAGUAUCCAUGGUCAUGAAUAUAUCAAGAAGGCCAUUCUCUGCAUGUUACUGGGAGGUGUGGAGAAGGUUCUGGAAAAUGGCUCGCGCAUCCGAGGAGACAUUAACGUCCUGCUCAUUGGUGACCCAUCAGUAGCCAAGUCUCAGCUGCUGCGCUACGUGCUGCACACAGCCCCAAGAGCCAUCCCCACUACCGGACGAGGCUCUUCUGGAGUGGGUCUCACUGCUGCAGUCACCACUGAUCAAGAGACUGGUGAGCGUCGUCUGGAGGCGGGUGCCAUGGUGCUGGCAGACCGUGGCGUGGUCUGCAUUGAUGAGUUCGAUAAGAUGUCUGACAUGGACCGCACAGCUAUCCAUGAGGUGAUGGAGCAGGGACGUGUCACCAUUGCCAAGGCCGGCAUCCACGCCCGCCUCAACGCCCGCUGCUCUGUCCUGGCUGCUGCCAAUCCUGUUUACGGCAGGUAUGACCAGUAUAAGACUCCCAUGGAGAACAUUGGCCUCCAGGACUCCUUGCUGUCACGUUUCGACCUCCUCUUUAUCAUGCUGGACCAGAUGGACCCUGAGCAGGACCGUGAGAUCUCGGACCAUGUGCUGAGGAUGCACCGUUACCGUGACCCCCGUGAACAGGAAGGAACAGCCCUGGCAUUGGGUGGGACGGUGGAUAUACUGGCUACAGAGGACCCGGAUGCAGUGCAGGAAGAGCAGGAAGAGCUACAGGUCUAUGAAAAACACAACAACCUACUCCAUGGGAGCAGGAGACGCAGGGAUAAAAUUGUGAGCAAGGAGUUCAUGAGGAAAUAUAUCCACAUUGCCAAAGGUGUGACCCCAAUGUUGACCCAAGAGGCAGCCAAUCACAUAGCAGAAGAGUAUGCCCGGCUGAGAAACCAGCAGCAGCUAGGCACCGACAUAGCGAGAACCUCUCCAGUGACUGCCCGGACAUUGGAGACCCUCAUCCGCCUGGCCACAGCACAUGCCAAAGUCCGCAUGAGCAAAGCUGUUGAGCUGGAAGACUCUGAGGUGGCCGUGGAGUUGGUCCAGUUUGCAUACUUUAAAAAGGUCUUGGAAAAGGAGAAGAAACGAUCCAGACAGGAGGAUGACUCUGGCUCCGAGGAAGAGGAGACCGCUACACAGGGCACGCCCCGCUCUCAGUUUAAAAGGAGUCGCCGCGGUUCCCAGAGCACUGAGCCAUACUGCCCGUAUGACUUUGAUGGAGAGCAUGUCAUACCUGAUAUUCAAGCUGGUACCCCAAAACCCACUGAACAGCGCGAAGGGCACACGAGAGUCCCUCCUUCACAAGAUGUCCUUCCAGAAUUGUCAGCAGACAGGCUGAAAGAGUUCAAGACCUCUCUGUUUGAGGUGUUCCACUCGGCCCAUGCCCAGUCAGUGGGAAUGAAGAAGAUGAUGGAUGAGAUCAAUAAGGAGCAGCCAACACCGUUUCAGGAUGCUGAGGUCCGUGCAGCACUGGCUCACAUGCAGGAUGACAACCAAGUCAUGGUGGCUGAUGAUAUCGUCUUCCUCAUUUGAGGAGAGUUUAAAGGGGAGGAGAUUUUGUCUCGGAUUAGCUAAAGACUAUUGUGGGCUUUUUCUUUCUUUCAAGACUUAACAUUUGAUUUUUCUAAUAAAACAUUCCUGUUGUCAUACAUCUUUUGUUGUGUUCUCAUCAUAUCCCAGUCGGGUAUGACUUUGUUUCCUUUGACAAAUAAGGACAGAGACUUGGAGCUGGUGAAGUACACAUUUUAAGGUUUUGCUGAUUGUGUGGUAGUUUUGUAUAACUAAUACUCAGUUGGCCCCUCCAAAGUAUUCCAUAUGACUACUUGCCAAGUUACUAAGUAUCAGGUAUUUUUCAUGCUUUUAAGGUCCCACCAACUGUAGUUUUGCAUGAAUGUGCAAGUCGGACCUAUUUCACUGAACAGCAGUGUUUGGCUAGUGAUUGCACAUUCAUUUUUGCAGGUUGUUUGUUUUGCAUUGACACGGUUAUUUAACUGAUGGCAAAAUAAUUGUAAUGACUUGGAGAUAAUCUUCCCCAAUUUUGGGGGAGGGGGAAAGUUCUUAUCAGUUUCUGGUAACUUAAAGCAUUGAUAUUCUUGUGCAAGUGCUAUACUUUAGGAUUAAUACACUGCAAUAACAACCUUUCCCACAAAAAGCUUACUGAUGUUUUUGCAGUUUGUAAAGAAUUUUUGUAUAUAUUUCCCAAGGUUUUACGUGAAAUAGAAAUAAAACUUAAU